AUGCGGUUGAGAGGUGGGAACCGUCGCCGGAGGAAUGAGAUCAUGGCGAGAGCGGUGCCCGUUGGCGACUCCAUAGCAUUUAGCUGGAAUAUCGGCUGUGCAGAGAGGAUCGCGAGAUCAUUAGGAAUCUUCUCAUCGAUAGAAGUGGAUAUUCUUCACUGGAGAUUGGUCAUGUUUCCAACAGGACAACCUUGCGGCUUCUGCCUUGCACGCUUGGACAGUUCACGCAAAGCUGGUGGAUUCCUUGUCUUCUUGACGUUUGAUGACUUUGGGUUGUGCUCCUGGCAUCACGGCAGAAAGUUUUGA